AUGCCUUGUGACGUUUUCCCACCGCUGGUCCUCCUGCUGCUCCUGUCUGUGUUCAGGACGUCCCACGGCUGCCUGGACGAUCCUGUCUUGGCCUAUCGGUUCAGCGGAGCCAUCUGCAGGCUCACCUACCCGGCUGCCGCUGUCUUGAAUGAGAAAACCACCAAAGUGAUUGAGGCGGCAUUCCAGCACGCCAGGUACCCCAGUGUGAAGGGAGAGAAGUCACUGCCUCUUAUAGGCAAAGUGACAUACGGCCUGGACAAUCUGGAAAUCCACAACCUGUCGAUUGGUCGGAGUGAGUUUGAGUUACGUCCAGGUGAAGGUAUCGCCAUGGAGAUAAGUAAUGUGUCCGCCAUCUUCAGAGGGACCAUCCAGUAUGGAUACGGCAGCUGGAUGGUCGAUGUUGCAAAUUCAGUUGACUUUGAGGUUGAGUCUCAGAUUGAUCUUGGAAUCAACCCCAAACUUUAUUGUGGAAAAGGGAAGGUGGCGGCGGACACCUCAGACUGUUAUCUGAACUUUCACAAGCUCGAGCUCCUGCUGCAGGGAGACAGAGAACCUAACUGGCUCAAGAGGCUCUUCACCAACUUCAUCACCUUCACUGUCAAACUGGUCAUCAAGGGACAGAUCUGUAAUGAGAUCAACAAGGUGGCAAACAUAUUGGCCGACUUUAUCCAAGACACAGCUGAGCAGUUCCUGAGUGACGGGGACAUCAGCGUGGAUAUCGGGAUCGCAGCUCCUCCUGUCAUCACUGACAACUAUAUAGAGUCGUACCACAAGGGCCUGACCAACUACAACAACUUUUCUUCAGUCAUCAAUGCGUCUGUUUUCCACCCGAGUCACCUGACUGAACACAAGAUGCUCUACUUCUGGGUUUCAGACCAGGUCUUUAACCCGAUGAUUACCGCUGCCCACCAGGACGGCCGCUUUCACCUCAACAUCUCUGGAGCAGAAGUCAGUGAAAUUCUCAAGACGGAUCUCUCCAGUGCCACGCCUGACUUCAUAAGCCAGUGCCUGUUGGAGUCAGGUUCUCCAGAGCUCAGGGUGUGGAGCUCAUCCGCUCCCCGGCUGCAGACCUCUGUGCUGGGAGGCAGUGUGAGGGCGCAGGCCUCUGGGGAGCUGCACUGUGGAAGUCCACACACACUCCGACUCCUCUUCCAAACGGAGGUAGAGGUGGUGGUCACAGCUUCCUACGCUGACAAGAAACUCUUCCUCCAGGGCAACACCUCAGAGAUCUCUGUGCUACAGGCAGAGCUGCCAUCAUCCAACCAGCAGCAGCUGGAUGAGGCACAGCUGGAGUACAUAAGAGAGGCUGUGGAGAAGAUAGGCAUCCCUAAAGUCUUGUCUGUUCUGGAGCCAGAACUCACCAGGCUCCUGGACAAACAGGGAGUCAACUUGUUUGACAUCAUCAACCCAGAAGUCCUUCCUCGGGAUGGUUUUGUGGUAAUCCAGAUGGACUUUGGUUUCCCUCAUCAUCUCCUGGUGGAGUUCCUCAGGAAGACACUGGAGUGACCGUGCACCCGUCCUGCGCCUCGGGCCGGAUUGUUGCUGAUAUCACGAUUAUGCCCUUCAGUUACAUUCAGGAGACACAGUGAUGUAGCUCGUUCAGGACAUACAAAGCAGGCCUCUGGUUUCAUAUUAUGAGCAAAAAGUUUGAACAUGUUUUGGUUAAUAAUAUUGUUUGGCUGUAGCUACCUCUUACAUUCUUUUUCAGUAUCAAAAUAACACGGAUGUGGGCCAGCUUGCCACUGACAUGCUUUCAUUUCCAAUGAAUGCAUUUAGGAUAAUUCUUUGGGAGGUUUUGUUUUAAAUGUGAAAUGCCCACCCACUCUUCUUUUGCUUUGUAACAAAAAGUUAAGCUAGGCAGUUGCGCUUAUAGACAGGCCUCAUGAAAAACCCGAUUUCUAACUGUGACUGUAAAAAGGCGUUGGUUUACUUCCUCAAACCUCUUAAAGAUGACUGAAUGAAUAAACCCUUGGGUGCUGAUUCUAUGAUUGUCUCUACACUCUCCACAGGUUGUCUGGUAAGAACAGGAAUGAUGUUGAUGAUGAUGUUAAAGGCUUAA